AUGUUCGAUCAGAAUCGUUUAUUUUAUGUUCUCUUUGGAUUAGUUGUUAUUUUUCAGACGAGUUCUUGUCAUAAAACAAUACAAAAUUAUGGUGCAUAUUGUGCUAAUGAUACAGCACGUGGUGAUCCAAAUUUAAUUCCAGUUGAUGAAAGUCAACCUCGAUUUGUGAAUAAAGUUGAAAAUGGUACACUUUAUCAAAUCGGUGCAGGUGAAGAUCAAGUUUGGUUAAUUCAUGUUUAUGGUAAUACAGGUUAUGAUUUCGGUUAUGCUUAUGGCACAUUAUUACGUGAUCAAAUUAAUAAAGUUCUACCUCGUGCUUGGGCACAUUUUGAAGAAGAAAUACUCAAAGAAUUAAAAAAUUUAAAAUUACCAAAAUGGUUUGAAGACUUUGUUGUAGACAAAGGUCUUUCAUUUGCAUUAGAUAUACAAAAUGAUCUUGUUAAAAAAUAUAUGGAUGAAGAAGUUUAUAAUGAAAUGCGUGGAAUUGCUGAUGCAGCUCAAGUUGAUUAUAAAACUGUUAUUCGAUUACAUAUGCUUGGAGAAAUUACACGAGGUCGAUGUUCAUUGUAUGGUCUUUGGGGUAAUGCAACACUCGGAGGAAAAACAUUGCAAUUACGAGCAUUAGAUUGGGAUGUAGAUGGUGGUUUACAAGAUUAUCCUGUUAUUACUAUUUAUCAUCCUCUCACAUCAAAACUUGGUCAUCCAUUUGCUAAUGUUGCUUGGGCAGGAUAUAUUGGAACAUUAACUGGUAUGUCAUCAUUACGUCUUGGAAUUUCUGAAAUAGGUGUUUCAUUUCCUGAUGAUACAUUUGGUGAUGAAAGUAUGGCUGGUCUACCAUUUAUCUUUGUUGAACGUCAUAUAUUACAAUAUAGUGAAACACUUGAUGAUGCUCUUUCAUUUAUUGCUAAUGUUAGACGUACAUGUCAUUUAAUUCUUGGUGUCGCUGAUGGAAAAUUAGGUACAGCUCGUAUGGUUCAAUAUUCACAUUCAAUCGUUAACUUUUUUGAUGAUCAAAAUUUACAACCAUUAGCUGAUUGGCAUCCACGUAUUCCACAUGCUAUUUAUUCUGGUAUGGAUUGGUUAUGUCCAUCACGACAAUAUAAAUUAUAUAAAGCAAUUACUGAUCAAUAUGGACAAAUAACACCUGAAUUAUCAAUUAAAAAUAUAACAUCGGUUGUUAAAACAGGUGAUCUUCAUGUUGGUGUCUAUGAUUUAACAGAUAAUAUAAUGUAUGUUGCUAAUGCACGUGGUACUAAUGAACAAGGACCUAUGGAAGCUUAUAAACGACAAUUUGUUAAAGUUGAUCUUAAUGUUGAAUUUGUUCGUACACGAUAA